CUGAAAUAAUCCUCUCUAGCUCUCAGUGCACAGUCAAGGAAUUUUAAAACCAGAGGACUUUGCAACUGCAAAAAUACUCUGAGAUUUAAAAGGCUGCAAGGCUCCAGAUAAAUCAUUUUUCUUUCUUCUGAAGAAAGUUGACUAGUUCUGAAGUCAUUCCCCAUCCCUUUGGCGAUCAUGGAGUGAAUUGAUUUAUUGCGGUUCUUGAGGUCUUGAAACGCUCUUGUUUUUCUAAGACAUUCCUCUGGUUACAAGUUUAUCCCAUGAACAGCAAUCCGCCCAUCUUUAUCUAAGACAGACUCAAGGUAAAGGAAGAGUGGAAAUGUGCUUCUGGACAAAGCGUUCAGUAUUUUGGGUGCCAUUGUUCCUUCUUCUCAGCUUUGUUCCUUCUGCCGAGACAGACAAACCCUCAACCCAGGACAGCAGUGGCACUGGGAGUUCAGGUCAACUGUUAGAAGUACUAAGGGUUCUCUCCGCUGGUGACCACCCACCCUUCAACUACUCAAGAAGCCUCAUCAAAACUUUGUUGGAGAAAACUGGGUGCCCACGGAGGACAUAUGGAGUGCAAGGAGAUUGCAAUCCGUGUUUAGAACCAGAUGCACUAUUACUAAUAGCUGGAGGAGAUUCUGAAGACCAGCUUAGAGAGGAGGUGGUCCAGAGAGUUUGUCUUCUCCUCCUCUAUUACAUUAUUCAUCAAGAAGAGAUCUGUUCUUCAAAGCUCGACAUGAGUGACAAAGAGUACGAAUUCUACCUACGUAGUCUACUGAGCCUCAGGCAGGAUGAAGACUCCCAUUUCCUUUCACAGAAUGAGACUGAAGAUAUCUUGGCUUUGACCAGGCAGUAUUUUGAUGCUUCUAGGAGCCAGUGUAUGGGAACUAAAAUGCUGCAGAAAAAGUCUGGAAUAUUAAGCAGCGAAGGGGCUGAUGCAAAUACACUCCCGCAGCUGGCAGCAACAAUCAUUGCUUUGUCCCUCCAAGGUGUUUGUCUGGGACAAAGAAAUUUGCCUUCCCCAGACUAUUUUGUGGAAUAUAUUUUCAGUUCCUUGAAUAGUACCGAUACUCUCCACCUUUCAGAACUAGACCAACUCCUCAACACUCUCUGGACCCAAAGUACCUGUAUUAAAAAGGAUGAAAUCUAUCAGAGGAAACAAAACAAAAUACAAAAUUGGACUUACCCUAAUCUAUCCGUAUUCAUGGACAAUGGGUCAGAUGAUGUUCCAGUUUCCUGGGAUCAGGCCUGCUUCUCUGCGAGGCAGCUGGUGGAGAUAUUUCUACAGGACAGCCUUUCUCCCAUUUCUAAAGAUGACUUUAAGCAAAUGAGUCCAGGGAUCAUCCAGCAACUGCUCAGCUGCUCUUGUCAGACGCCCAGAGACCAGCAAGCAAAGCUGCCUCCCACCACUCUGGAGAAGUUCGGCUACAGCACGGUGGCUGUGGCUCUGCUCACGCUGGGCUCCAUGCUCGGGACAGCGCUGGUCCUUUUCCACAGCUGCGAGGAGAAUUACAGGCUGGUUUUACAGCUGUUUGUGGGCUUGGCCGUUGGAACCCUCUCUGGGGAUGCUCUGUUCCACCUCAUACCCCAGGUUCUUGGUUUACAUAAGCCAGAAGUCCCAGAGUUUGGACAUUUCCAUGAAAACAAAGAUUAUGUUUGGAAACUAUUGGGAUUAAUUGGAGGCAUUCAUGGAUUUUUUUUGAUAGAAAAAUGUUUUAUUCUUCUGGUAUCUCCAAAUGCCAAGCAGGGCCUGUCACUGGUUAAUGGGCACAUGGGACAUUCCCACCACCUUGCACUCGACUCUGAAUUAAGUGACCAGGUAGACAGAGGCAAAUCUGCUUCAACCAUUCAGUUGAAAGGCCCAGAAGAUUCACAGGCAACUGAAAUUCCUAUAGACAGUACCAUAGUCUCCAAAAGAAAAUGCAAAGCUGUUAGCUUAUUAGCAAUAAUGAUACUGGUUGGGGACAGCCUGCAUAAUUUUGCAGAUGGCCUAGUGAUAGGAGCUGCCUUCUCCUCUUCAUCUGAGUCGGGAGUGACCACCACAAUCGCUAUUUUGUGUCAUGAAAUUCCACAUGAAAUGGGAGACUUUGCUGUGCUCUUAAGCUCUGGACUGUCUGUUAAGACUGCCAUUCUGAUGAAUUUUAUAAGUGCUCUCACUGCCUUCAUAGGACUGUACGUUGGCCUCUCUGUGUCAGCUGACCCAUGCGUUCAAGACUGGAUCUUAACAGUUACAGCUGGCAUGUUCUUAUAUUUAUCCUUGGUGGAAAUGCUUCCUGAAAUGACUCAUGUUCAAACACAACGGCCCUGGAUGAUGUUUCUCCUGCAGAACUUAGGAUUGAUGCUAGGUUGGCUUUCGCUCUUACUCUUGGCUAUAUAUGAACAAAAUAUUAAAAUAUAA